GGGUGCACGAACGCACGGCGGCGCGAUCUAGGUGCGCCUUGCAAUAAGAUCGUACUGACGCCACAUUUGCCAAUUCGCCUUCGCCUGCACCAUGUUCCGCACCGCCGCGUCCCGCGCCACCCGCGUCGCCGCCCGCGCCGGCGCGCCCCGGCUCCUCGCCCGCUCGAUGAGCGUUGCCGCCCGCCAGAGCUCGACCUCCAAGGCCACGGCCAUGGCCGGCGCCUUCCUCGUCACGACCGGCGUCACGGCCUCGCUCCUCCAGGCGCAAGAAGCCAAGGUCAACCUCGAGAAGAUCCGCAAGGAGAUUGUCGACCUCAUUGACGACGAGCCGGCCAUGGGCCCGACUUUUGUGCGGCUCGCGUGGCACUCGUCGGGCAGCUACAGCAAGCACGACCACUCGGGCGGCUCCAAGGGCGGCACCAUCCGCAACGAGCCCGAGAUCAGCCAUGGUGGCAACGCCGGCCUCAACCUCGCGAUCGCCCGCCUCGAGUCGGUCAAGGCCCGCCACCCCGAGAUCUCGUACGCCGAUCUCUUUAUCUACUCGGGUGUCGUUGCGAUCGCCGAGAUGGGCGGCCCUGAGGUGCCGUUUCACCUUGGCCGCAAGGAUGCCAAGGUCGGCGAGCAGGUCACGCCCGAUGAUCGUCUCCCGAACGCCGACAUGGGCUCCAAGCCGUCGACGAUCAGCCACAUCCGCGACGUCUUUACCGCAUGGGCUUCAACGACCGCGAGAUCGUUGCGCUCGUCGGCGCCCACGCGCGGCUACUCGGGCCCGUGGACCCGCGCAGAGACGACGUUCUCGAACGAGUACUUUCGCGAGCUCAUCGAGAACAAGUGGACGAUCAAGAAGUGGAAGGGCCCCGAGCAGUACGAGGACCCGACGGGUGACCUCAUGAUGCUGCCGGCCGACAUGGCGUUCCUCUGGGACCCCGAGUUCAAGAAGUACGUCGAGCUCUACGCCAAGGACGAGGACCUCUGGCACAAGGACUUUGCCAAGGCCUUCCAGAAGCUCACGGAGAACGGCUGCGACUUUGCCAAGUCGGGCUGGCGCCGCUACAUCUUCUUCGGCCCGCGCAGCGACUAG